GUCGCGGGUACCAUGACAGAUUCGAGCGAUACCGCCGAGUACUUGUUUGAGUCGGGGCAUGAGUUUCCGAGUUUUUAACGGCGAUAUUGCAGUACUAACGGGUUUCGAAAAUGGUGUUGUUCGUGUUUUUGGUGUUAAUUGGCACGCCUCAUUGGUCCUCCCAAAUAACAACAACCCACCACGACAAGCCGGAGGAAUCCAGCAUAUCAUCGAUGGUAACAUCGAUAACCAACAAACCAUUGACCCAAACAGAGCGCCAAAAACGCCUGCUCCCUUACGUGAACUUCUACCACACCAACAAUAACUAUUACCAACCGGAGAAAUACCCCAGCAAAAAACCCUACCGCUACCAAAUCGAGCCGAAUCCCGUGCAAAUCCACUACCAACCGAAAGCGAAAUACAAAUACACGCCGUUCAGAGAGGACAACAUCGUCCCGGGUCCUUUCAAGCCGAUGGUGGCUAAGGAAGCGCCGCAAAGGAUCCGAAUCGAAUACGCGGAAACGCCCAACUUCGGGGAAUUGUACGACAAGUUGGCCACAUUGAAAUUACAAUCGCAGAACUACAACUUGAGGAGGCCGACUUACGUGCAAAUCAAACGUCCCGACCCCAAACCGCAACUUUAUAAUAACCAAGAAUUCGUUCGACCGACUACGACCAACAUCGAAACUUAUACGGCCACUAAUAUCGAUAUACCGAGUCCUCCGGAAUAUCCUUACGACAACAACCAAAGGAUAUUACCAUACUCGACAACUCCUCGAAAACCCUUCAUUAUUAUCCCCGCUAAUCACCCAGUUUUAGCGCAAAAUCAACCGGAUAUUCCCGAAUACCAAUACAACCAACCGCAACCGCAACCUACCAAAAACACCAUAAACCUAUCGGUAAUCCUCAAACACCUCCAAUCAACCAACAUCCUCCCGAAAACUCUAACUCCUGACAACAUCGACAACUCCAUCAAGACUUUGGUGAAGAUAUUGGACGCGCUGCGCAGGCAAUCCAAGCCCUCCGCGGUGAUAGCUCCGCAGCAGGAGUACCUGGAGGACGUCCAGAACGAGGCCGGGGUGGAUAUCGGCGGGCAGCCAGGCGAGGGAUAUUCCGAAGAGGAUACGGAGGAGGGCGGCACGCCGGGGAAACCCGGAGUGGAUUAUCCAGCUUUGGCGAGCAUUCCUCCCACUGGGUUCAAUUGCAAAACGCAGAGGUACAAGGGAUUCUUCGGGGAUCCUGAUACCCAUUGUCAGGUUUGGCAUUAUUGCGAUUUAAAUGGCGGCCAGGCGUCCUUUUUGUGUCCAAACGGCACGAUUUUCAGCCAAGUAGCUCUAACUUGCGAUUGGUGGUACAACGUAAAAUGCUCAACUACAGCUCAAUUGUACGUUCUCAACGAAAGGCUCUAUAAAUACAUCAUCCCGCUAUCGCCGAAAUUCCCCGAGGAUUACACAGGACCCUUAGUAGACAAGUAUUUGGCGUUGAAGUUUCAAGAAAUGGAAGAGAAAAUGCGCAAAGAGAAAAAAGGUAAGGGCAAUAAUUCUUCCGAAGAAGAAGAUGAUAGUUCUGAAGAUAAUGAAGAUGGCGUUGACGAAUCGACAGAAAAGGCCAAUGUGGUGAAAUUUCAAGGAAAAGAAACUCUAGAUACUGUCGAAGCCGAUAAUAAUUAAAUAUAAUCGUUUUGUACAUGACAAUAUAAAAGGCUGAUAUACAGGAUGUUUUUUAAAUGACGUGCAGAAAAUAAAAGGGGCGAUUUCUUGGACUAGAGUAAAUUUCAAAAAUGCACCUACCCCGGUAAUUUUCUACGCGACAUUAGAAAAUACCCUGUAAUAAUAAUUAGGGGUUAAUUUAAAUUUCUUUUGUAGCAUUUCAGGUAUAAAUUUAUUUCUGUUGAAACUUGUACAUUAUUAGGGAAUACAAAGUAUUAUUGUUAUAAAUGUAUAGAUUUAUUUUGUGUUGCAGUUUUUAUUAUUGUGAUGUUUUUACGGUGGUUAUUAAAC